AAAGGGCAGCCUGACUUCCGCACGUCUCCGUAUCCGUAAAAGAAGACGAGACGUCCACUCUAACAAUGGCGUCCAUACAACGAAUCUUUGACGGCUCAGCGUGUAUUUCAACGCCGUCUCCUCCCACGCCCCGAUCCAGUGCAGCUCAACUCUGCUCUCCCACCCGCUGCAGCGCAUCUCUCAACACCGGGCAACGCCAUACCCAGUCAGCAUGAAGCGCACGGCCUCCCUUGCCUCCCUCGCCACUUCGGAACAAGAAGCAAAACGCCUCCACUUCCCGCGAAUGCAACUCGAAGCCCUGGCCCAGGUAGCGCUGCGAGAAGGACUGUCGAAAGAGCAAGUCGCGUACGAGCAGUGGGUUGAUACGCAGCCUAUUGAGAGCGUGAUGGCUUGGGAUGAGAUGGGGGUGGGAGAGAGGACGGCUUGGAUUGUUGAGUAUAUGGAGAGUUGUGGUGGGGAGGGAGAUGGUGAGUUGGAGGUCGGAAAAGGGAGCGAUGACACAGCAAGGGCAAGCGAAGUGCAGAGGGUUGAGGAAGAACAGACGACUGUGGAGCAUGCAAGUGUGGAAGAAAGAAGAGAGGAGGCUAUGGGUGAUUUGGGGGAGGAGUCAAGGUGGAGGGCGGUUAGGACUGCUGGGAGGGAAGACAUUCUUUCUCAUGCUGAGGCGAUGGUCGUUGUUGAGCAGGAAGAAAGUUCACCCAUCUUACCUGGUAUGUUUUUCUGUUCUCGCUCAAAAGGGAACAUUCGUUCCAAGUGGAAGACUUCCGCCUCUGAUUUGGGAUAUUGUACCGUGCAACCUCGCUUGGGACUUUCAUCACUGACGAUUUCACAGGAGAGCCCUCAGCUGCAGAGGAACCUUCAACCACUACAGAACCAACACCAACUCCCGAACCUCACCGACCAUUCCGAGCCAGCGCUCGUGUAUGGACAGCCACCGCGCACGAAGAGAGCUCAAUCAAGAACAAACCCCAAUGUCCGCCCUGUGCCCGGCUGAAGCGCACCUGGACGCGGUGCCGCGGCGGCCCGCCUUGCAUCGAGUGCCAGCACCGAGGACUCUCGGCCGAGCAAUGCCAGAGCUACGAUCUCUUGAACCGGUCUCGGAAGAAUAGACUGAAGAAGAAAGACGAGGCGUGCAAGAAAAUGGAUACGGAGUUAGGGAUACAAUGUGGAAGUGAGGGAGAAAAGGAGGAGAAAUCUGCAGAGGAUGUGAUAGAUGGAAGAGAGAGGGAAGAGGGUACGGGUGAAGUCACUGGAGAGAAGGAGGGUGGGGGAAGUUUGGAUACUGAAGAGGUGGCACAGUGAGGCUAUUGGAAAGAA